AGUGGAGUCAGAGAGCCGCCAUGACGGGUUGGCUGUGAAAGCAGUAGGGCAGCCCGGCUGCUGUGCUACCGGAAAAAAAGGCCAGAGGGCCCGCUAUGACAACCUGACGCCGGAAAAGGCUGGGCGCUCCUUCCAGACUGAUUCCCCCACACCCUUCUCGACAUGCAGGCAGCCCUGGAGGUCACUGCCCGCUACUGCGGCCGGGAGCUGGACCAAUACGGCCAAUGUGUGGCCGCCAAGCCUGAGUCCUGGCAGCGGGAUUGUCAUCACCUCAAGAUGAACAUCGCUCGAUGCACCUCCAACCACCCAGUCAUCCGUCAGAUCCGCCAGGCCUGCGCGGAGCCCUUUGAGGCCUUCGAGCAGUGUCUACGGCAGAAUGAGGCAGCUGUGGGCAACUGUGCGGAGCACAUGCGCAGCUUCUUGCAGUGCGCUGAGCAGGUGCAGCCUCCGAGCCCAUCCGCAACUGUGCAGGCACAGCCACUUUCUGCCUCCUGAGGACUCAACCAUAAGAAAACUGGACAGGAGUGACUGGCCACUUAAUGCCCCCAGCCCUGAAGAGUGACCAAUUACUGUCCUGAGGGCCUUGAACGUGGACCUAGUCUCUAGACAUUAGGACUCACAUAAAUAAAGACUGUGUAUACUAGG